AUGUGCAGUCCUUUGAUCGUCCUGUUUAUCAGCCUCGCUAGCCUUGUGCUUAGUCAUAGCGUCCAGCGACAAGUUGUCCACGAUCGGAUCUUACGCCGUUGUGAGAAUGAAACCCGACCAUGGUCAUAUCCGUGGAGCAACGAGACCUCACAGCCCUCACUUUCUGGCGUCGGUAGCUAUUCAGAAACUUCGGCUUCGAUAACUGUGGGUGUGACGGCUUUCCAUGCUACCCUACUGGAACCGGUUAUUCUUCUUCUGAGACCACCGGAGCUUCUAAUUCCUCCUCAUGGAAUUCCAACUGCAUCCACCUCUUCUUCUGCUUCUUCUUCGCCGAAUGGGACAACAGCAUCAACUGCAGGUCAGAGUACAUCUACAAUAUCGUCGUUGAACACAGCGGGCAAUAAUGAAACAGCGAAUGCAGGCGAAGUUUCCUCGAGCAUCGCUUCAUCGAAUGUAACGACUUCAUCAGGAUCCCUUAGCUACAGUGAGAUAAUGACAGUGUUCACAAAUGUCACGCAAACUGUAUUCUCCAACUACACUCGUAUACUUGGCCCUCCCCGACCAUCGAAUUCUUCAUGUUGGCGUUCUCAAGGCCUCGCUAGUUACGGGCCACAUAAGGGAACACCUUGGCCACAGCUAUCAACACGGCCUGCAGCGUCUACCACAUUCUCUACAAUAGCAUUGGAUGAUUCAACUGCGACAGGAACUGAAUAUACAAGCUCUUCGUCAGGUGACAAUUCAACCUCAGCACGAGAUAAUGUUCUGACGAGAGCGACAGACGACCCAACUACGACACUGACAGGCACUACGACGCCGCCACCACUCUGGAGCAAUACUACAACCACCAGCACUUGCACAGAAGGAACCAUCCCUCAAGCAUCAGAGUGGAACGAUUGGAACAUCAGUAGCAUCUCUACCUCUAGCUCGAGCAGUAGCUCGACUACCACUUCAAGGACCCGUUCCAUGACUGCUACCACCCAGUCAAGCAGUUCUUCCGUAUCUUCUCAGACUGUCAAUGCUACCACUACCGGCGUGACUACAUCUCGGACUUUGUCAUCCGAGAUCAGCACCCCCAGUUCCACUUCUCCAAUCAUGCCCGAGUCGGCCAGCCCUAAACCUCAGAUUGUGCCUACAACGAUAUCCUCUAACGAAGUUGUACCGACUACACUCAAUCUAAAUGCUUCCACCAUCUGUCUCGUCAAUUCCACGAUCGCUAUCUGUCCAACGAGUGCGGCGCCUUGGCUUUGGACAAGUAGCAGCAACGCCGCAAGUGUGAAUGGAAGUGGGGAACCAGCAUUUACAAAAUCUAUUAUCUCGGCGAACAACAAUACAAACCGCGAAUCUUUGGGCGUAUCCCGUACUGUCAUCAUUCCACCUAGACGGGUCGUCCGAAGGAACGAGUUGGAAAUUCAAUGA